CGGAUUAAUGUAGGGGGGGGAAUCAGAGAGAGAGUGAAUGAAUGAAUGAAUUAUGUAGGUAUAUAUGCAUUACACGUAUUAAUGAAAGAUCUGAUAAUGAAUGAACUAAUGAAGAACCCUAUAUGUGUGCGCGCACACACAUGUACAUGAAUUAGUGCGUAUGUACGCAUAUGCACACACGCGCGCGCGGGGGGUGUUAUUUUCCUUCUUCCUUCCAGCCAUUACUUGCAAAGCUCUCGGGAGAGAUCUUUAUCAGCCUCUCUGAUCGAUCCAGGGAGAGAUCUGCAGACACAGAAGAGACAGUGUACUCCGCUUGGGAAGGCGAAGAAAAGGAAGAGGGGAGGAAAAAAACCCGAGGAAAAAAUGGUGCAUGAUCUCAAGCAGCAGAGAGGCGAUUUUCUGCUGGUUUUUUGGAGUGAAAAGUUGUUGGUUUUACGAGGGGAAGCACCAACCGACCGCGCUGGAUUUUCUCUCCUAACCCCCUUAAUAUAAACAUCGAUUCAUUGGGACAGUCUCCCCUUUCCCUGGAGGAAAGGAGAUAGGUUUUUAUAUGCGUGUACUUUAAAUAUUGCGUUUGAGCCGUGAUCUACAAAAAGGACUACACUUGGAAGGAUGUUGAGUUAAUUCCUCCCCACCAAAAAAACCCAAAACAAAACCCAACACUCUUUAUUUUUCUUCUUCCUCCAGCUCUAGCAUAAAGGAGGCUGAAGUUCUCUUUCUUUUGUUUGCAAAGUUUUUUUAAAAAAAUCCCCCAGCGUUUGCUGGGGCGGGGGGGGGGAGGAGGAAGAGGGAGCUAUGGCGUCUGUUUUUACCAAUGGACCCUGUAUCCAAAGUGAAGCCGAAGUGAUUCACCUCUACAGGAGCCUGGAAGUAGGCACUGUGAUGACUUUGUUUUACUCCAAGAAAUCCCAGAGGCCAGAAAGAAAAACGUUCCAAGUGAAGCUGGAGACCAGGCAGAUCAUCUGGAGCAGAGGCUCGGACAAAAUCGAAGGCGCGAUUGAUAUUCGUGAAAUCCAAGAGAUUCGUCUGGGAAGACAUUCCCGAGAUUUUGACCGAUACCAGGAGGAUCCUUCUUUUCGGCAUGACCAGUCUCACUGUUUUGUCAUCCUUUAUGGCAUGGAAUUCAGACUGAAAACACUCAGCUUGCAAGCCACAUCCGAAGACGAAGUCAACAUGUGGAUCAAAGGGCUGAACUGGCUUGUGGCGGAUACGCUAAAGGCUGCUACCCCAUUGCAGACUGAAAGGUGGCUCCGAAAGCAGUUCUACUUUAUUGAUCGCAACAGAGAAGACAGGAUUUCUGCAAAGGAUUUGAAAAACAUGCUGUCUCAAGUAAACUACCGAGUACCUAACAUGAGGUUUCUACGUGAGAGGUUAACAGAUGUAGAACAAAGGAAUGGAGAUAUCACAUAUGGACAGUUUGCCCAGUUGUACCAGAGCCUGAUGUACAGUGCACAAAAAGGAAUGGCUGUUCCAUACUUAGAAAGUAAUGGAGAAAGGCCUGAAAACUGUAAAGUAUCUCUGACAGACUUCCAGAGAUUUUUGCUAGAAAACCAAAUGGAACUCUGGGCUACGGACCUUCUCUUGGUUCAAGAGUUUAUGUUCAACUUCCUGAAGGACCCACUGAGAGAAAUUGAAGAGCCUUAUUUUUCCCAAGAUGAGUUUCUCACAUUCCUCUUUUCCAAAGAGAACAGCAUCUGGAACUCAGAGCUGGAUGUUGCCCGGCCAGAGGACAUGAACAAUCCUCUCUCCCACUACUGGAUUUCCUCUUCUCAUAAUACGUACCUAACUGGAGAUCAGUUCUCAAGUGAGUCCUCCUUGGAAGCCUAUGCUCGUUGUCUGCGCAUGGGAUGCCGCUGUAUUGAGCUUGACUGCUGGGACGGUCCUGAUGGGAUGCCAGUGAUUUAUCAUGGACACACGUUAACCACCAAAAUCAAGUUUUCUGAUGUCCUAGCCACCAUCAAGGAACAUGCUUUUGUGACCUCGGACUAUCCUGUCAUUCUGUCUAUCGAAGAUCACUGCAGCAUCGCUCAGCAGAGGAAUAUGGCUCAGAACUUUAAGAAAGUUUUUGGAGACAUGUUGCUGACCAAACCAGUAGAUAUCUCUGCUGAUGGGCUGCCAUCUCCAAAUCAGCUGAAGAGGAAGAUCCUCAUAAAGCACAAGAAACUGGCUGAGGGCAGUGCUUACGAAGAAGUGCCGUCAUCUGCAGUCUAUUCAGAGAACGAUAUCAGCAACUCCAUAAAGAAUGGAAUCCUCUAUCUGGAAGAUCCCAUCAAUCAUGAUUGGAACCCCCAUUACUUUGUCCUGACCAGCAGCAAAAUCUAUUACUCUGGAGAAACAACUCGUGAUCUGGGAAAUGAGGAUGAAGAGGAGCAAAAGGAGGCAAGCAACAGCACUGAACUCCACUCCACCGAAAAGUGGUUCCAUGGCAAGCUGGGAGCGGGACGUGACGGGCGCCACAUAGCAGAGAGACUGUUGACCGAGUACUGCAUAGAGACGGGGGCCCCAGAUGGCUCGUUCCUGGUGCGAGAGAGUGAGACCUUUGUCGGCGAUUACACCCUUUCUUUCUGGCGCAAUGGGAAAGUGCAACACUGCCGGAUCCAUUCCCGACAGGAUGCUGGUAGCCCUAAAUUCUUCCUCACAGAUAACCUGGUGUUCAACAGCCUGUAUGACCUCAUCACCCACUAUCAGCAGGUGCCGCUCAGGUGCAAUGAAUUUGAGAUGAGGCUGACCGAACCUGUGCCACAGACCAACGCUCAUGAGAGCAAGGAAUGGUACCAUGCUAAUCUCACCCGAGCUCUAGCUGAGCGCAUGCUGAUGAGAGUGCCCCGAGAUGGAGCCUUUCUGGUGCGCAAGAGGAGUGAGCCAAAUUCCUAUGCAAUCUCUUUUCGGGCAGAAGGGAAGAUCAAGCACUGCCGAGUUCAGCAAGAGGGUCAGAUGGUUGUGUUGGGCAACUCAGAAUUUGACAGCCUGGUGGAUUUGAUUAGUUACUACGAGAAGCAUCCCCUGUACCGCAAGAUGAAGCUGAGAUAUCCAAUUAAUGAGGAAACACUAGAGAAGAUUGGGACGGCGGAACCAGAUUAUGGUGCUCUCUAUGAAGGGCGGAAUCCAGGAUUUUAUGUGGAGGCCAACCCAAUGCCAACUUUAAAGUGUGCUGUCAAAGCCUUGUUUGACUACAAGGCUCAGCGGGAGGAUGAACUCACCUUCACCAAAAAUGCUGUCAUCCAGAAUGUGGAGAAACAAGAAGGAGGCUGGUGGAGAGGAGACUACGGGGGUAAGAAACAGUUGUGGUUUCCAUCUAACUACGUAGAAGAAAUAACUAGCCCAACGGGUCUGGAGCCUGAAAGGGAGCAGCAGCUAGAUGAGAACAGUCCCCUAGGAGACCUGCUUCGAGGCGUCCUGGAUGUACCGUCCUGUCAGAUUGCCAUUCGCCCCGAGGGGAAGAACAAUCGCAUGUAUGUCUUCUCUAUCAGUGUGACCUCCGUCUCACGGUGGUCCCUCGAUGUGGCUGCUGACUCUCAUGAAGACUUAUUGGACUGGGUGAAGAAGAUCCGGGAGGCAGCCCAGACUGCUGAUGCCAGGCUCUCAGAAGGGAAGAUGAUGGAGCGGCGGAAAAAGAUAGCACUGGAGCUUUCGGAACUUGUCAUCUAUUGUCGCCCUGUCCCCUUUGAUGAAGAGAAGAUUGGUACAGACAGGGCCUGCUACAGAGACAUGUCCUCUUUCCCCGAAACCAAGGCCGAAAAGUACGUCAACAAGAUCAAAGGCAAGAAAUUCCUGCAGUACAACCGGCUCCAGCUUUCCCGCAUCUACCCUAAGGGACAGAGGCUUGACUCUUCCAACUAUGACCCUCUACCUAUGUGGAUCUGUGGCAGCCAGUUGGUGGCCCUCAACUUCCAGACACCAGACAAGCCAAUGCAGAUGAAUCAGGCCCUGUUCAUGUCUGGAGGCCGUUGUGGCUUCAUGUUACAGCCAGCCAACAUGAGGGAUGACAUCUUUGACCCCUUUGACAAGAGCACUCUGCGUGGAGCAGAGCCCCUUUCGAUCUUCAUUGAGGUCCUCGGGGCACGGCAUCUUCCCAAAAAUGGAAGAGGAAUUGUCUGUCCAUUUGUAGAGGUUGAGGUGUCUGGAGCAGAGUACGACAAUGCAAAGCAGAAGACCGAGAUGGUGGUGGACAAUGGCCUGAAUCCUGCCUGGCCCCAGAAGACCUUUCAGUUCCACGUCUGUAACCCUGAGUUUGCCUUCCUCCGCUUUGUGGUGUACGAAGAGGACAUGUUCAGUGACCAGAACUUCUUAGCUCAGGCCACAUUUCUGGUUAAAGGCCUGAAGACAGGAUACCGAGCCGUGUCUUUGAAGAACAACUAUAGCGAGGACCUGGAAUUGGCCUCUUUGUUAGUAAAAAUAGAUAUUGUUUCUGGCAAGCAGGAGAAUGGAGAAGUUAGCCCCUUUGGGGCUUCAGCCUUCCGAGAGAGGUCAGCAGAUUCCCCAGGACAGCUCAUGGCAGGCCGAGCCAGAGAAGGCUCCUUUGAAGCUCGAUACCAACAACCAUUUGAGGACUUCCGGAUGUCCCAGGAGCAUUUAGCAGACCACUUCGACAACAGAGACCGAAGGGUACUGCGAAGGACUAGAGUGAAUGGGGAUAACCGCCUCUAGCCCAGUUUGACCUGCUGUGAAGCACCCCUCCUAGUGCCUGUGACUCUCACGGAUUGCUGUGAACUGGUUUCUUUGGAAACGUCACUGCUUUGGCCUACUUGCAGGCAGUUUUUCCAGUUUCUCUUCUGAAGGGUGUUCAAGUGGAGACAUUUUUAAAAGAAGCCAACCAUGAAUCAAUGGUUUUAUUGUUGUGACCAUGAGUAAUAACAAAACAUGCUCCAAAAAUGGCCCUCAACACCAUACCAGAAACCAAGUCUGUGGAAUGUGUAUGUCUUCAGCACCCAAAGCUGGGCACAACUACCUGUCAUCAGCUGCCUUCUCCCCCAUGACUCUGCUUCCAGGGAAGAAAAUACCUCAGAGCUGCCCAGCGGAGCAGCUGUGCAGAUUUUAUUUUUUGCCCAAACUGUUCCUCCGCUUGUUUCAAAGGACCUGACUUUUUCUUUUUUUUCUUUUUUAAAAAUAAAACUUUUAAUCACAGCUUUGGCACAGAACGUGAGUUGGAGAAAUACAGCUGUCCUCUUGGUAUUACAGGACAAGCCCAGUUGGGCUUCCUGACUUAAGUCUCAGUGGCCAUCUCAAGCUAUGCAAGACCCUUGAGUUUGUCUUUACAAAAUGUCAGUAUUAAGCGUGCAUCCUCUUGCUCUUGGAAGAGGCAGCGUUGUUAGCUGUGGUUCAUCUGCAAAAGGCCACCCACUAAACUGUCAGGCCGCUUCUUCCUUUGGGUGAGCUUAUUUUUGUCAAAUGUGGGGCAGAGCUACCCAGCUAUUUCAUUCCACUGUGCAGAGAUGACAACUGAGAUAAAAGGGCAGGCGGGGAGCAGGAAGGAGGGGAGCACCUCAGCCAACGCUUGCUCUGCAGGAGGAGGAGCUCUUGCCACUGAAACAGACUUUCUCUCCCCCACCCCCACCACCACCACUAUUGAAUUCAGCCACCAAUAAUGAGGCCAAGCAAUAGUUACAGGGUUGGGUGCAGUUCAACAGCAGCUGUGGGCUCUUGAGACCUGAAGAGGGGCAGCGUGGCCUUGUUGGUGUUUCGAAGCCAGAACAGCUGCGGACGGCAUUUUAACCUGUUCAGUCUCUACUGUGGCAGCUAUUCUUGGGAUGAAGACAUCUGCGUGUGGUCAAACCACCUUUUUCUGGAGAUGCCUCUGCCAAUGUUUAUGGAGUCAGACCUCAGGACGAGAGCAGUCACACCCCGUUGGGGGCAGGAAGCCAAUAGUAAAAGUUGUGUGCUGCUGCCGCCGCCACCUUUUGUCCAAUAAGUGACCCCACCUCCGACCAAUAGACUGAAUAUUUUUUUAUUUAGGUUGCCAGACUGAGUGGGAGUGGGGGGGCGGGGGCAAGUGUGCUCUUGUCUCUAGAGACAAGCGCCAAUGUACACUGCAGGAUUCUCUAUAUCUUUUGAUUCUUAAGAGGAGCUUUGUCUUGCUUAACUCCAUCCAUGCUAGGCUCAGCUGGCUGUUACCUGGGAUAGAUCAGACUGCACAAUAAAAGUCCUCAAGUUACCUUUUUGAGUCCUUCAUGUUGUGUGCAAAUAGAGCAAAGGCCAGUGGAAAAAAUAGCCUCCCUUGGAUAUAUAGAGCUGUUUCACAUGUGAACAAGUCGCCUACCCGCCUAACCCUUCCAUGUAGAAAAUGAAGCUGAACUGAUGUUACUGUCCCUCCCCCGCUCCCAAACAUGAAUGAAAUUCACUUCUGAGUGAGCAUGCUUAAACUGGAACUGGUACAUUUAAUGUUCAAAGUUUAGUUUGCAUCAAAGCAGUUCUCAAAAGGAAUUGAAUUGUGCAAGCACAAAUGAACUGGUUUUAAAUUGCAUUUAUACAUCACUUUUUUUUCUAUAAUAAAACUCAAGGUGACACUUUG